AUUUGGCUUUCUCCAGCUGUCAGACUCGCAGUUGUCGACGUGUGAGGGGUCCUGCUCUCGCUGCAACAUACACUAUAAGAUCAAGGACAAACCAACCUCUAAUCUAACCUCUGCAACCACAAACAACAACAACAUGGAAACAGAUGCAGAUUCUUCCUCAGUUAGCAACACUGUCUCUGGUGAGAAUGGAGAACAUCAUCACCAUCACAAAAAACAACACAAGACCAUCCAGGAUGACCCCCACAUGCACCACGAGCCCCUUCCCCCCUUCAUUAGGGUGCAGAGACCGAGUGGGAAUGUGAAGAUGUUCUGCUCUCUGUGGACCUUGCUGAUGACCUUGAUUGGAAUCACUGCCAAACUGUAUGGCUACAUGAAGAUAGACGCCACAUCCAAAAACAAAAGCUACUCGUUGUACACUUCGUUCAUCCAGCUAUUCGGCAUUGCGUGUCUUUUGUGUCUGUUGUUUCUGCAGUGGAAGCAGAAGAGACUCAGUAACAACCACCUUGUGUAUGACCCCCACAAUGGCUCUUUCUACCUCAAGGCAGGACUAGUCGGUUUCACAAUUGGGACAUUGGCCUACAACACUCUGCAGCUGGCACAGGACAUGAACUUGCUUCUGCAGCAGCCAGAGUGUGGCAGCAAGGAAUACUCUCUGUUCCACAUGAUUUCUUUCGUCUACAAUGUUUUACAGUGCAUACUCUUGCUCCUCUUCUCAAAGGUGACGUUUACAUAUCGUCCGAAUUUGGCUCUGCUCUGUCUGUCCCACCUAGUGGCCGUGUGUCUCCACUCCUGGUUCAGCUUCGUCGCCGACGAGUUCACAGAAUCACUGGAUUGGGAACACGAACGAGAACACAGGGAAAUGUGUGCGAAGUAUCUGGAGAACUCGACCAUCCACGAGAACAUAGAGAAGACAGAGGUUUUCCUGUUCCCUAUGAGUAUCGAACUCUACCUCAUAGCGGGCGGCUUCUUCGCAAUCAUGUCAACCAAUGUCGGCAAACCACACGUCGUCAAGGACUCUCACAAAACAGUGGUGUAUGGCGGAGGCCACAAGUCAGAGACGAACAGCCAGUUUUUCUUCCAGGAGACAUUCUCCGGAUUCUUCGUCGGAAUCGCCCUCGUCUUGUUCACCGGAGUACUGGUCGGAUUCAAACAUCUGUUCAGCAACGAGUACCCUGUACUACCUCUUGUGUUCCAUUGGUUCAUAUUCACAGUCAACAUCAUCAUGCUCGGGUGUAUAGCUCUGAUCCACACGUACCUCAGAAAACGAGGCAUCAACAAGCGAUUCCACAACCGCAUAGACGCCCCGCUCCUCUUCAUCGCUCUGGGGGGCAUAGCCUUCUACUCUCUCUUCUCAGUGUUCGCAGGAAUCCAUGGCAUCGAGCAUCCCUCACACGACAAUGAUGACGCCAUCGGAACUCUGGUCGGAUAUGGAAGCCACCUGGUGCAGUCUGUGGUGCAGACUGUGUUUCUGCUGGACUCUCUUAGAAGAGUCGCAGCGCCCACUGACAUGUCUCGUAACUUCAUCCUCGUUCUUCUAGGCGGAAACGUCGCCCUGUGGGUGACUCAGAUGUUUGAGAUGAACUUUGAGGGUGAUGUGAACCCCAUGCAAGUCAGUCUGUUCGGAGAUCAGCACUGGACACUCAUCUCGCACAUCUUCGGACCCCUCGCCAUCUUCUUCCGGUUCCAUUCCGCCGCCUGUCUCUACGAUAUCUGGCACACCUGCUACCGUCGGGACACAUCCCGCACCAGCAACACUUCGAGUAACCGCUGGAGGGAUCACUUCCCGGUCAAGUUCAGCACAGCAUCCCAACCGGGCGAAGUGAACACGUGUCAAACCAAAAAGGACUCGAAGAGCAUGGUUGCCAAUGAACAUGCAGACAGGAAAAACAGCAACGAGCUUGCGAUGGCCGCUCCUCAAGGCUUCAGCAAUCAUCAGCAAAAUCAGUGAUGGACAACUGGUACAAAAGAUUGACAGAAAGAAAACUACUUUUUGAAAUGCUGCGGCUGAAACAAUUGAGAGACAAGUUGUUUUGUUUCAUUCGAAAAUUUUACUUGUAUCAUUUGAUGUUUAUCAUACUUGAUGACCACGGACAGUUCUAAACUGUAAAAAAACUGCUUGUUUAUCAUGGCAAAGCCCUGAAUGUUCCGACUGUCCUUUAAGGCAUUUGGAGUAGUUUGGGAAAAGUUUCCAUAAAUGGAAACUGAAAAAUUUGUUUCAUUUUUGUUUAUAUUCCCCACACGCAAUUUCAAGUACAAAUUUAUUUAUUCCUUUAUAAGUUAAUUGGAUCAAUAAAUUUGCAUCAAUUCAAUUUAAAGGGGUCUUUUAGGCCAUACCCCUCUCCCCUAAAUGGUGAAAAAUGUAAAUGAAAACUUUUAUUAAGAAAUUGGAGACUGAUUUUACUCAGAAAUGCAGGAAAUUAUAUCCCAA